UUGAGUUGCUGACGGGAAGGAGAAGCCGGAGCUCCAGCUGCGCCGCAGGGCGGCAGUCACAACUGGAACCAGACCCACCGCUAAGUCACUGAAAGAUCAGAAGUGAGAACUACCGGCUGCCGAUCGGCGGGGCUGGACCCCCGCUCGCCUUCUGGUUCAUCAUGUCGCGAGGCUCCAUCGAGAUUCCCCUCCGGGACACUGACGAAGUUAUUGAACUUGACUUCGAUCAGUUACCGGAGGGGGAUGAAGUUAUCAGUAUUCUGAAACAGGAGCACACACAGCUGCACAUAUGGAUUGCUUUGGCGCUGGAAUACUACAAGCAAGGAAAAACAGAAGAAUUUGUAAAAUUGUUGGAAGCAGCUCGUAUAGAUGGUAACUUGGACUAUAGAGAUCAUGAAAAAGACCAAAUGACUUGCUUGGAUACAUUGGCGGCCUACUAUGUACAACAGGCUCGGAAGGAAAAGAACAAGGACAAUAAGAAGGAUCUUAUUACACAGGCAACACUGUUGUAUACGAUGGCUGAUAAAAUUAUAAUGUAUGAUCAGAACCAUUUGUUGGGAAGGGCCUGUUUCUGCCUACUUGAAGGUGACAAAAUGGAUCAAGCUGAUGCACAGUUUCAUUUUGUACUCAAUCAGUCUCCAAAUAAUAUUCCAGCCCUUCUAGGUAAAGCUUGCAUUUCAUUCAACAAGAAGGAUUACAGAGGAGCUCUUGCUUACUACAAGAAAGCAUUACGCACUAACCCAGGAUGUCCAGCGGAAGUUCGUUUAGGAAUGGGUCAUUGCUUUGUGAAGCUUAACAAACUGGAGAAAGCUCGUCUGGCAUUCAGCAGAGCCCUGGAACUCAAUUCCAAAUGUGUGGGAGCAUUGGUUGGACUGGCUGUUCUAGAACUCAACAAUAAAGAAGCUGAUUCCAUCAAAAAUGGUGUCCAACUUCUUUCAAGAGCCUAUACUAUUGAUCCUAGUAACCCUAUGGUGCUGAACCACUUGGCAAACCACUUUUUCUUCAAGAAGGAUUAUAGUAAAGUCCAGCACUUGGCUCUCCAUGCAUUCCAUAAUACUGAAGUGGAGGCAAUGCAGGCAGAAAGCUGCUAUCAGCUGGCUAGAUCGUUCCACGUUCAAGAAGAUUAUGACCAAGCUUUCCAGUACUACUAUCAAGCCACACAGUUUGCCUCAUCCUCUUUUGUAUUGCCAUUUUUUGGUUUGGGACAAAUGUACAUUUAUCGAGGAGACAAAGAAAAUGCAUCUCAGUGCUUUGAGAAAGUUUUGAAAGCUUAUCCUAAUAAUUAUGAAACUAUGAAAAUUCUUGGCUCUCUCUAUGCUGCCUCAGAAGAUCAAGAAAAACGAGAUAUUGCGAAGGGCCACUUGAAGAAGGUCACAGAACAGUAUCCUGAUGAUGUUGAGGCUUGGAUUGAGUUGGCACAAAUACUAGAACAGACCGAUAUACAGGGUGCCCUUUCAGCCUAUGGAACAGCAACAAGAAUCCUUCAGGAGAAAGUACAGGCUGAUGUCCCUCCGGAGAUUCUGAAUAAUGUGGGUGCCCUCCAUUUUAGACUUGGAAACCUAGGCGAAGCAAAGAAAUAUUUUUUGGCGUCAUUGGAUCGCGCAAAGGCAGAAGCUGAACAUGACGAACAUUAUUAUAAUGCUAUUUCUGUUACAACAUCAUACAAUUUAGCAAGGCUGUAUGAGGCAAUGUGUGAAUUCCAUGAAGCAGAAAAACUAUAUAAAAACAUCUUAAGGGAGCACCCUAAUUAUGUUGACUGUUAUUUGCGCCUAGGAGCCAUGGCCAGAGACAAAGGAAACUUUUAUGAGGCUUCAGAUUGGUUUAAGGAAGCUCUUCAAAUUAAUCAGGAUCAUCCAGAUGCUUGGUCUUUAAUUGGUAAUCUUCAUUUGGCUAAACAAGAAUGGGGUCCAGGUCAGAAAAAAUUUGAGAGGAUAUUAAAACAACCUUCCACACAAAGUGACACUUAUUCUAUGCUGGCCCUUGGCAAUGUGUGGCUCCAGACUUUGCAUCAACCCACUCGAGACCGAGAAAAAGAAAAGCGUCAUCAAGAUCGUGCUUUGGCCAUCUACAAACAAGUACUCAGAAAUGAUGCAAAGAAUCUGUAUGCUGCUAAUGGAAUAGGAGCUGUGUUGGCCCACAAGGGAUAUUUCCGUGAAGCUCGUGAUGUAUUUGCCCAAGUGAGAGAAGCAACAGCAGACAUCAGUGAUGUGUGGUUGAACUUAGCACACAUCUAUGUGGAACAAAAGCAGUAUAUCAGUGCUGUUCAGAUGUAUGAAAACUGUCUCAGAAAGUUCUAUAAACACCAGAAUACUGAAGUUGUACUGUAUUUGGCCCGGGCCCUCUUCAAGUGUGGCAAGUUACAAGAAUGUAAACAGACUUUGCUGAAGGCUAGACAUGUGGCGCCCAGUGAUACAGUUCUUAUGUUUAAUGUAGCUUUGGUGCUGCAAAGAUUAGCUACCUCUGUCCUGAAAGAUGAAAAGAGUAAUCUGAAGGAAGUACUUAAUGCUGUGAAGGAACUGGAGCUUGCACACAGAUACUUCAGUUACUUGAGUAAAGUGGGAGAUAAAAUGAGAUUUGAUUUGGCUCUUGCUGCUACAGAAGCCAGGCAAUGCUCUGACUUACUAAGUCAGGCCCAGUACCAUGUGGCCCGGGCACGCAAACAAGAUGAAGAAGAACGGGAAUUGCGGGCCAAACAAGAGCAAGAAAAAGAGCUAUUGAGGCAGAAACUUCUUAAAGAACAGGAAGAGAAACGUCUCCGAGAAAAGGAAGAACAGAAGAAACUUUUGGAACAGCGGGCCCAGUAUGUAGAGAAGACGAAAAAUAUACUUAUGUUUACUGGUGAGACUGAAGCAGCAAAGGAGAAAAAAAGAGGCGGUGGUGGUGGCCGGCGUUCUAAGAAAGGAGGAGAGUUUGAUGAAUUUGUCAAUGACGACACUGAUGAUGACCUGCCUAUGUCCAAAAAGAAGAAGCGGAGGAAGGGCAGUGGUAGUGAACAAGAAGGUGAAGAAGAAGAGAAUGGUGAGAGGAAGAAGAAAAAGAGGAGAAGACCCACAAAGGGAGAAGAAGGGUCUGAUGAUGAUGAUACAGAAAAUGGCCCGAAACAGAAAAAGCGCCGCCCACUAAAAGCAGAGAAGAAAAAGACUCCUAAGCCAGAACGUCUACCUCCUUCAAUGAAAGGGAAAAUAAAAUCCAAAGCCAUAAUAUCAUCGAGUGAUGAUUCUUCAGAUGAGGAUAAACUUAAAAUUGCUGAUGAAGGACAUCCCAGGAACAGCAACAGUGACUCCGAUGAAGGUGAACAAAGGAAGAAACAUGCCUCAUCAGAAAGUGAUUCCGAUGAGAACCACAACAAGUCUGGCAGUGAGGCCGGCAGUCCCCGGAGGCCCCGCAGACAGCGGUCAGAUGAGGAUUCAGACAGUGACCAGCCAUCCAGAAAGCGAAGACCCUCGGGUUCUGAGCAGUCUGACAAUGAGUCUGUGCAGUCAGGAAGAAGCCGCUCAGCAGGUUCUGAGAACGACUCUCGCCCUGCUUCCCCAAGCGCCGAGUCAGAGCGGGAUUCCGAGAGAGGAUCUGAUAAUGAGGGUUCUGUCCGAGGCUCAGGAAACGAAUCAGAACCAGAAGCAUCCAACAAUGAGGCUUCAGAUCGGGGCUCAGAUCAUGGGUCAGAUGAUAGUGACUAGGUUUUAUUUCAUAAAUAAGCUUCAUCUCUGGAGGAAGUUUUUUAAUAUAUGAAAGCUGUGAUAAAAAUGUUUCAGAUGUUUAGUCAAACAAUUGUGAAAUUUUUAAGACAGUUUUUUUUUUUUUCUGUUUGUAUAUUACUUACUAAGCCCCAAGAGACAUUUCCUGUGCUAGAGUCCCACCUUUGAGAAUGCCUCAUGCAAACAAGACUCUUCUUCAUUGUGGUACAAGUUUACCUAUCAUAUGUGAAAACUGCAGUAAAAAUAAAACCUAUGCUAACUCAUUCCUAUACUGAGGUUUGAUUGAUAUUAUGGCAAUGUCUUUUCUUUGUUAUGUUAAGCAGCAUAAUACUGUUUUGAUUUUUAUUGUAAUCUUUUACCAAGUAAUGUAAGAAACUUGGUGUUAACAAUGUCUUUGUUCCAUUUUGAUAAUAGAUGGAGAAUGUUUUCAUUUUCUGGAGAAAGCAGUGUCUACUGUAUAAUUGUACCAAAGUAAAAAUGAAAAGACGGUUUUGUUCAAUAGUUAAUGCUGCAGCCAUGUAGAUAAAACUAAAAGUAUAUAAAGUGUUAGGUUGAAAAAGAUGUGGAAAAAUACUUUUCUGUUAGUAGAACGCAAAGUCCUUCCUAAAUUACAUAAUAAAAUCCCUUUACCAA